CUGGGAACUACUUGUAAGCUGUUUUACUGUUUUACAAUUUAUAUUUUAUUGUUACUAUAAUCUGUUUUAUUGUGUCUACAAAAUGCUAUAGCUAUUUCAGAUUUUACAGUUUUUGUAAACAAUAUUGUUUAAUUUGAAUCUAUACAUUAUUUCAGAAAAAACCAUCUGAAGCUAAAUUUUUCAACAAGCCACUUGAGAACUACCAUUACAUGGCUGUCAUAUUUGGGAAUCAUCAAGCAACUGGACUAUUUGCAAAAUGCACCAGUGAUCCCCUAGGUUUCGACACAUCUGAAAGUGCAGGUACAUAUGGUGUGGGUUAUUCUGGAGACUUGGCUGGUCAUGAGAGUAACAAUGCAAGUCCAACUCGUGAUAGUGGAGAAUCAUUGAACCCAAGUGGUCCAAUUCGUGAUGGUGGAGACUCAUCUACUCGAAGUGGUGCAAGAAGGAAGAGAGGGCGCAUGAUGAUGGAAGAUGAGGAUCCAUUGAUAUGCACUGUCACUGAAGCUUUUAAGACUCUUUCAGAUGCAAUCAAGCAGUCAGCACCACAACCACGUCCGAUAAUCCCACCCAACCUAUGGACUAUGAUGAAACAGAUUCCUGUUUUUGAAAGAGAACAUAUAGCACACUACUAUGGCUACUUGUGUGAGAAUCCAGCCCUUGCUUAUGCCUUUCUAGAGAUGGGACUAGAUGAUCAAAUGGUAUGGGUGUCUAGGUACAUCAAGACUCAUCUUUCUGAUUGAUGCAUCAAAAAAGCAGAUUAGCCUAAAACUUGUGUCUGAAACUUUUUAGUUAUUUCUAUGAUGGAUGGAGUCUAUGAAACUUCUCUUUGAACAUUGUUAUGGAUGUUGGAUAACUUCUCAAUUUUAUUUGUAUGCUGGAUAAUGUUGAAUAUGUAUGUUGGAUAAAUUCUCAGUUUUUAA